CACUCUUUCCUCCAUGCAUACAUUACGUAGCGACAUGCGAAGGGCGGACAUCACGUGCGUACUCGCAACCGACGAUCGCGUUUCUUUAGUCGACACGGUGUCUCGCCCGAGGCGCAGCCAACCUUAAUCGGCGCCUCAGUCUGUUCCCCUGAACCGACGACGGAACGAGGAGUGACACCCGGCUCCAUGGCUUCCAGCAAAGGCGUCGACCACGUCGUCGAAGUCGUGCAGGGUGACCGCAUCAGGCCGAAAGCCAUCUACCGCGGUCGACGGUUCCGGCUUGAUAAAGUGGACUCCACGCGUCAUCGGUGGCGCUGUACGGUGUCUAGAUGCUCGUCGCGACUCAUGACUGACAGGUUCGGUGAGAAGCACGUGCUGUACGACUUCAAGGAUCACGAUGAGGACGAACACCGCGCUGCCGAAGAAAAGAGGCACUCCGAUAAAUCUUUCAGAAGUGAGGUAAUGAAAAAGGUCGGUGAAUUCCUCUACGUGCCGGAGAAGACUGUCGGCGACAUCAAGUGCUGGCGCUGCCGGUACGUCAAGUGCUCCGGACGGUGCCGCACCAGCCUCGACGGGGAACAGCUGCUGCACGGGCCAACGGCACACACGUGCCAGUCACCUGCCCAGGAAGAGCAAGCCAGGCCGCCGCACGGCAAACCUCUCUCGAGUCAACACACGCCUGCAGAUCUAAGCCAGGGUGUGAAAGGCACCAGCACAGGUGCUAGUGAACACCAACGGGAGCAGCCCAGCGACAACGCAGCCGAGCAUGCAGAAUAUUUGUCAUUGUAUACGCCCGAUGUUAUCUUGUGUGAAGAGUAUUCGCCUCGCCCUCGAGCAUCAUCGCCAGCCGUUAAUGGGAGUGCCACUAAAUCGGAUGCAGAAGUAUCUGGAGUACCAGAGGUGGACGUAGGCCCAUCAAAACAUGUCCGGAGCCUGUUCGGCAGUCAGAAACAGACCAGCGGACCAGAGAAAGCUCAUGCGGCCGCCACGUGUGUCGAGGAAGCCGACAUGGUUGAAUCAUUUCACGAUGACAGCGACGACGACGCAUCGGACGAGGAUGAUCGACGCUCGAGAAGAGGUGACGACGAAUACAACAAGGCCGAGGGGCAUUUGCGUUCGAGUUUGAGAUGCUGUGGUCAGACCAUCGGGAGUCCCGCGAAAUCCGUGCAAGCGCUGGAAAUGAUGUCCACCUCGUGCGCAUGCGUCGAGCAGAAGCUCCGAGUAGCUGUUUAUGAGCAGCUUUCCACCGUGCUAAGAAUGGAGGCAAAGUUGCUGAGGGAACAGUUUCGCAACGAGGACCGCAGAGGCAGGCUGCUCGAAAGCCAGAUGAAGAAGGGGCCCUCUGCUGCAGAGUGAUUGUGCACCAGGUGGUUGGACCGCCGCUCCAGCAACUGACACAAAGGCGUGAGUGAAAGACCGUAAGGCGCAACACAGCAACUCGGUGGCUACGCAAUGAGAUGCAUCCUCGACUCGCUGGACGGUCCAUAGUUGGUGCUGCAGGUGAGAGCUGAGCAACGCAGACGCCCAGCGCGCGCGGAGGCUGUCGUUGUUUGAGGCUGCAUCACCAUUACCCUGUAUUACAGCCGUACAUUCCCAUAGGAUAUGCUCCAGGGUGGCUCUGUAGUUGCAAUGUCUGCACUUGUCCGUUGGGAAUAAAUCUGGGUGUAUUAGGUGCAUAA